AUGUUGCUCUCGCGUCGCACAGGCAUGCCCUCUGGCGGCGGGCGCUCGGGCACAAGCAGCGGGGGCAGCGAGGGUAGCUUGGCUGGCGGAUCUUCUCCUGGUGGCAGCGGUGGGACGACCGGCGCCGGGAACACUGGUGGCAGCGGUGGGGGAGGCGGAGGCGGUGGAGACGCGGGUGGAAGUGCCCAGGAAGGUGGAGUGACUGGCCGGCUGGGUGCCCUGAUACCCCCGAUGAUCAUUGUGCUCGUGGCAUCAGUGGGAGGAAUCAUCAUCGUUGCUGUACUCAUCAUUCUCCUGUUGAAGAGACGGGGGCGGAACAGACGUCUCGAGAGGGAGAUGGAACAGGUCAAACUGAACGAAGAAAUGGUGUUUGUGCAGACACGGACUCCUGACACCACUGCGUCCCGAGAGACCCCAGGUGAGACAACGGUGAUGGAAGAGAGAAAGAGGGUCAGGCAGACUCUGGGAGAUGGAUUUGUUGGAGGAGGUGUGUCAGUGUGGGAAAUAGUUAACAUGAAACUCCUAGAAUGGCAGUGUGGGAAAUAG